UGUACUACGCCCAUGGAGAAGCAGCAACACCGUCUGUGGAUCGCAUGGGGCUGGGCUGGGUGGAUCAGUUCGUUUUGAAGCCUAGGUGUAUAGCAGGCUUUAUUUCACGUCCAAACGCAGGUGAAGGAAUGUCGCCCCAGUGAAAAGGUCAAUAUGUCUACAAAAGGACAUCUACAGACCACCCCGCUAAUCACCCUGACACCCUGAGACCCCCCUCAGACACCUGGCCAAUCGCUGGCUCUGAACAGAGUUGCCAUGGACACUGAGUCUAUCCAGUCUGGCUACUCCAGCCACUCCAACAGAUCCAACAGACAUGGUGAGCAGAGUCGGCGUGAGCAUCGUAAGCUUAGCAGUAAGGACAGUAGCCGGUCGGAGAGGUCUGUCAUCAACACCCCCGACGGGCCCACUCAGGCCUCCCCCACCCACAACAAUGAGCCCCUGCUGAAAGACCCCAUCUCCGUGACUGUAGACGAGGCUCCGAGCCUCCAGGAUGAUAACUGGGGGGAGACCACCACGGCGGUGACCGGCACCUCAGAGCUCAGUCUAUCCCAGGAGGAGGUGGUUGGUCUGUGGAAGGUACCGGACGACGGCCAGAGGCAGGGCUGUCAGCUCUACACUCCCCUGAUUCUGGGCAUCUGUGUGGGGCUAGUGGUCCUGGCCACCCCCCUGGCCUUCCUGGUCCUCCCGGCAGUGUUGUGGCCAGCCAGGCUGCAGGCCUGUGGCUCUGCCUGUGAGGGCCUCUUCCUCUCUGUGUCCUGUAAACUCCUCAUUCUCCUGCUUGCUGUAUGGGCUAUCUUCCUGCGCCAGGCCAGUGCCAGCCUGCCCAGAGUGUGUGUGUAUCGAGCCCUCCUGGCCACGCUCACGCUGCUGCUCACACUCUCCUACUGGCUGUUCUAUGGGGUCCGCAUCCUCGACUCACAGGAUGAGGACUACCAAGGUAUCGUCCAGUUUGCUGUGUCUCUGGUGGACUCUCUGCUGUUUGUCCACUACCUGGCCAUCGUGCUGCUGGAGAUCAGACAGAUCCAGCCCUGCUACAGCCUGUGUGUUAUACGCUCCACUGACGGAGAGACACGCUACUACAACCUGGGACAGCUCAGUAUUCAGAGGGCAGCUCUGUCUCUGCUAGAGUUCUACUACAGAGACUUUCCUCUUCAUAACCCCGCCCUUCUCUCCGCCUCCAAGCACCGUGCCGCCAAGCACCUGGCUGCCCUCAAGGUUUACUCCGUGGAUGGCCCAGGGAACCCGGCGGAGCCGGCAGAGGGGUCGGGGGUACUGUCGGUGGGGGGCAAGUCUCGGACCAUGAUCUCUGCAGCAGCCAGGCACAAAAACACAUCUCAUAACGAGCUAUACUACGAAGAGGCAGACUAUGACAGACGGGUCUGCAAACACAGAGCCAGGCUAGUGGUGGCUGUGGAGGAGGCCUUCAUGCAUGUGAGGAGGAUGCAUCAGGAGGAGCAGAAAGUGUCCCCCGGGGAUGUGAUGGAUGUACGGGAGGCAGCCUCGGCCAUCUUACCCUCCAUGGCCCGCGCCCUGCAGAAAUACCUCCGAACCACCAGGAGGCAGCACUGCCACAGCAUGGACAGCAUCCAGAGACACCUGGCCUUCUGCCUCACACACAACAUGAGCCCCAAGGCAUUCCUGGAGGCCUACCUGUCCCCUGGUCCUACGCUGCAGUACGGUCAAGAGCGCUGGAUGGCCGAUCAGUGGACUUUGGUCAGCGAGGCUGCAGUCACCAGCGGUCUAAAGGAGGGCAUGGUCUUCUCCCUUAGGUGUCUAGACUUCAGCCUAGUGGUCACGGUCAAGUCCAUCCCCUACAUUCGAAUGACCGAGGAGUACGUUGACCCCAAGACACACAAGUUUACCCUGUGUCUCCAAUCUGAAACAUCAGUCUAACAGACACUGAAAACUGUGGCAAUUCUAGAAUUACAGUAUCUUACCAUUUUGGUAUGUUUUUUGUGUUAUGUUUCUUAAACCCUUUUCUACUUUGAUAUGCUCUUAUUGUGGUAUUUUGUGUCUCUUAAAUUAUUUAAAUUACUGUUUUUUCUAAAGAUUGUUUUGGCAGCUUUGCAAUUUUUAAAUGUUUUAUUGUAUGUGUUUUUAUGAACAGAUGCACAUGGGAUAUUGCAAGAGGAAGUGUUAGCAUAGUUAAUAAACCCUAUGGAUCCCCAGCAUAUAGCUCCUUUGCAGUGAAGAUGAGAGAGAUAGUAAGAGAUGGGCAAUAUGCUCUUGAUUUCUAUUGUCCUAAGGCAAACUGGAACACUGAAUUAUGUCAAGGUUUUUUCUAUGCACUGUAGAUGAUCCCUGCAACAUUUUUGUUCUCUGUGUGUGUGUGUGUGUGUGUGUGUGUGUGUGUGUGUGUGUGUGUGUGUGUGUGUGUGUGUGUGUGUGUGUGUGUGUGUGUGUGUGUACAAGCUGCAUCUACACACAAUCUGGCUCUACAUGUACCUGUCUCUGGAUCCUCCCUAGGGUUGCUAUAGCAACAGUGAGUAUUUUCAUAUCGUCUGCCCUACUAAUAUGAAUGAAAUACUACCUAAUCACCAACAGUUCAGGUUCAGUUGUCUCAUUGUAAAGACUGCUUGUCUUUACCGCCAAUGGAUUGUACAUGUGUUUGUAUUUAUUUAAAAGUGUGGGUUAUUUCCAUUUAAUUGAUAAGUGUCUUACUUGUCUGACUGCCCACAGUUAUGUUCAGUCAUUGUACUACCCAGGAUUCCUAGACAUAUCUGUAAGAGGUUGUCAGAAUCUGUUGUACUCAAACCCAAAGCGGACUAUUGCUAGAUACUGUCCUCUAACCAUGAACUCACAGUUGAGAAAACAAACAGGGUGGGAGGGAGAGAGAGCAUUUAUACAGACAUAUUCUAUACUUUUGGCAUGUAAUGAGAAGACAUAUGCAAUAGAUUUGUGUCUUAUCUCUAGAUGAAAUAAAUCUAUUAUGACAUUUCUACAGAACCUAACCCUUAAAGCUAAGUGAAACAGGUUGAGGCUCAAGUUUUUCCAUCUUCAGAUAUAAGAGAAAACAAGUAGCUGUGGUAAUGCAUUUUGUUCCAGACAUGACUGACUGAUCUGAUACCACUAAUCAAUAUCCCAUUUUUUAUUGGUCACAUACACAUAUUUAGAAUAUGUUAUAGUGGGUGUCGUGAAAUGCUUGUCUAUCUCCAGGACUGCAUGCACAUAUGUACAUGUCCUGGAACUGAUUCCAAUAGGCCCAGGUGAUACAUUUCUAUUGUCUUUUUUUAAAACAUUUGGAUAUUGGACACGGUAUAUUCCUCAGUAUUGAUGUGCAGACAACAGUCUCCUCAUAGUGAGGGAUCUCUACAUUCACAACAGAAGCUGUAGUGCCAUCUAGCCACAACUAGUAGUACUACCACUGCUAUGGGAUUUUUAUACUAAUCUGUGGACAGUAUUUAUUUAUUUU